CCCAUCUCCAUCAUUCACUUGUACCCUUAGGCAUGGGACCAGUAAUACUAUGACAUGAGAACCAAUAUUAACCAUGGAUCACUUACAUUUGCACAAGUUGCUGGAGAUGACGCCAGAACGCAUCGCUCGCAAUCAGCAAGUUGCAUACAACAUCAUACAGGCGUGGAAGUGCGAAGCCGCAGAGCGAAUUGCUGAAACCUUCAAACGAAAUGGCGUUGGUCCUGGCAUUGUGUGUGCUUCUGGCAUGACAAAUGAAAACGACGCAAGAACUACCUUGACGGUGUCAAGCCAAAAACAAUCGACCAUCUUAUCCACGAUCUCGAAAGCACCUUCAAAUGUGAUCCUGCCAGGCACCCCAGACAAGCAAGUUCCGCGUCAUGAAGCGAAGACUGUAGGAAAACAAGUCGUGGUAAUUGAAGACAAUUGUCAAACAGUUGCAGCAGCAGAAAUUUCUCCUGGAUUGUUUGUUCCCGAACAGACACCGUCCGAGCUGGACUCGGACCUUGAAGAGAUUGCACCCCCAACGAGCUCCGUCCGACCUCGCCAUGUUCCAGCGUCGCCUGCAGACAGUGUCAUGACCGAGAGUAGUCCUCUUGCAAGAUGGGAGCGAAGGAAAUUGCCUUUAGAUAGGCUGGCGGCAAUCGCUCCAGAUAAGCAGACAAGCAGCGUCGAUGUCAGGGGCACCACCAGCCAAGGAUCACACGAAGAUAUGGCAAGGCCGACUUGCGGACCACUGCCUCAACGAUUAUCGGGCCCGGUAGGAGCUCCAUGGACGCCUACAUCAACUUCUCGUAAGAUCCCAACAAAACCCAAACCCAAUUCUGAUGAGAUUUCUUCGAAGAGGCCACGAUCGACCUCGAUGACGACAGAUCACGAUCGCCCAAAGAAAUAUCACCGAGGGGAGCGAGGUGUGUCAACAUCAAGCGAGGGUUCCUCACAGCCUAUACAGCGAUUCCUGUCGAAUUCGAAUGAGGUGACGCAACUACAGCCACCUUCUCUGGCCAACCUCGAGCGAAUUCCGCAGAUUCAACAGCAAAGUUCAACCACUUCGACUAUUGAAUUCCCGCUGUCCCCGCUGCGUACCUCGUCAAAUUCUGGAAUCUCAUCUAGAAGCUUGCCGUCGUGGUAUUCAAGGCUGGAGGGUACAAAGGCAAGCUAUACUGAGCAGCAUCAGACACAGAUCGAAAAGAGGGCGAAUGUGGUGUUACGAUCGCUGAAAGAGUGCAUAGACACUGCAUGUUCCUCCUUCCCCGAAGACUCGUCAAAGGUGCAUGAUGAUGCAGUAUCAGCGGUCCGCGUUUGUCUGCAUCAGUUAUUGGCUUUUCAUACGGUCAACCCGAGAAUGCUAUAUGAACAUCGUUUGCUUCAUGAUGGCGCAGGUAUACGGCUUCUGACCGAUCGGACACCCCCUGACAGCAUUGAAUGGCCUUUUGAUAUCAUAGCUGAUGCAAGAGAAAUCCAUCGCCGUUGGUGGAAAGAACAAUUCGACCCGAGUAUGUUCCGAGGCAUCAUCCUUGGCAAGACACGUAACCCAGCGACCACGCAUGACCACUCGGCGGACAAGCCUGACCCUAAUUGGUCAAAGAAAUUCAAACGCCACGGCAGCUCCGUGAAAUACAUUACUCACAGUCCCGAACAUGGGGCGGUCUCUUGUAUAUUGCAUGGCGGCCCUGAUUUCAGUAACAAUGUCGACAAUGGCGACGAGAUCUUGCUGGGCACCUCGGGCACGUAUGACGGAAAGUCACUUCCUGGACGCACGCUAGCAAUGCUUCGGCGCUGCGAAAUUGGUGAACCGGUACGACUCCUGAGAUCCUCUAGCAUCAUUAGCAAGUACGCUCCCAAUGCUGGCUUGAGAUACGACGGACUUUACAAAGUGGUUGAGGUUGAGACUCGGCCGCUACCGUCGGACUCUGAACAGCAUUUCCGCUUUCGACUUGUACGCUGCCCAGGACAAGACCCCAUUCGUUAUCAGGCACCCCAUGUUCGGCCGACACAGCAAGAGCUAGACGCCUAUGCCAAGUCAAAACGUACUGUGAGGUUUGGGCUUGAGCCAGAGGAAGCCAAGUAG